UUGUGGUUGCGAUAGAUUAAAACAAGACCUAAACGUUCUUCCUCAUUUUGUAGAUGGAAGAGGCUAAAUAAAAUUAGAUGGCAACAUUUCCUAAGGGCAGUAACACACCGUUAAAUGAGGAAUAUUCUGCCACGUGGAGUUAAAGUGAGACGUUUCCACCCAGCAGAGACUCCUGUUAAUCAAGGUACUACAGGACACUAUGGUUAAAGCCGCUCUGCGGUGCGAAGAAAAGCCCUUUGUGAAAGAAGAAACUGCCAAAGAUUUUCGAAAGUGCAAAGAUAUGGAACUGUUUUACCUUACAAAUGAAAUCCUUUCUUCGUCAUUGUUGAACUCAGCGCAGUAUCAUCAGAACUCGCAACAAGUGAUGUAGUGACCGGAACUCUGUAGCCAAAGUAGGAAGGAGUGUUGAUUACGGAGUCUCGAUUAUGGAUAAUGGUCUCUGUUCUGGCCAAUCAGCGGUUGCAACUUCGGACAGUGUCGGACUUUAAGAAAUUCGACCGCAAUAUUUCCAGCCUACUUUUAUAGAGCAGCGAGCUUAUUCAUGCAGGGAAAGAUUUUGAGAAAGAUUAUAAGAGCUGGAGUGCUUUUAUCCUCCUAACGGAAAAUACGCAUACCAUUCAUUCGUUGGGAGGCUUUAAAAUACGCGUUGCGUUGGAUGGAGGGAGGUUACCUGCUUACGUGCAUUACUCUGCCCAGAAUUUCGGCUCUCCUGGAGAAGCAUCGUGUUCUCACCAUCAUGAACUGCACAAGAACGCUGCCUUCGGCUCCGAAAUAAAUGCCAUGUCACAUGUAAUACGUUUACCGAAAUCAAAAUGACUAAUUAAUGCCUAAUUUGAUCAAAAUAAACGACUAUUGAAUGGAAACGAUCAUACUUCUUACUUUCAAGCUUGUUAACUUUUAAUUAAAUUUUCUUUUUUACUUUUAUUUGUAGUUUACAUUUAUAUCAAGCAACUGGUGAUUUUGCGUGCACGACAAGCUGGGAAAAUGUCUAAGGGUGCAGGUACAGUAGAAACUAAGAAAUAUGCCCUCCCUGCGUUCCACUAUUCAAAUGGGUCGGUACACCGAGUGACUGUGGACAGUCAAGCGGAACCGCAGGAGAGGGUGGAGGACUUCGAGCUGACGGAGACGACGUCUUUCUCCGAGCAAACCGAGCGGAAGAGGGGCAGGUCCGAUGUAGUGGUCAUCGACUGCACGACCAUCACUAAGGGUCAAGGCGAGGAGGACGCUCUGCUGGAAAACGCUAGCCAAAGCAGCGAGACCGACGACACCAGCAGGGGCCCCAGCCCCGAACCGGCGGUGCCGCCGAAGGAAACCACCUUCUCGAUCGGACUGCAGGUCGUGUUUCCUUUCCUCCUGGCAGGAUUCGGAACAGUCGCUGCGGGCAUGGUUUUGGACAUUGUGCAGCACUGGACGGUGUUUAAGGAUGUGACAGAGGUUUUCAUCCUGGUUCCUGCUCUCCUUGGCCUGAAGGGAAACCUGGAGAUGACUCUGGCCUCCAGACUGUCCACCGCAGCCAACAUCGGGCACAUGGACAGCCCUGGGGACAUGUGGAAGAUGGUGGUGGGGAACCUCGCGCUCAUUCAGGCCCAGGCCACCGUGGUGGGGUUCCUGGCCUCCAUGGCGGCGGUUGUUUUCGGCUGGGUUCCGGAGGGUCACUUCGACCUGAGCCACGCCGUUCUGCUGUGUGCCAGCAGCGUGGCCACUGCCUUCAUCGCCUCACUACUGCUAGGGCUUAUCAUGAUCGGGGUGAUCGUCGGUUCCAGGAAGGUCGGGAUUAACCCAGACAACGUGGCCACGCCCAUCGCUGCCAGCCUGGGGGACCUCAUCACCUUGGCUCUGCUGGCGGGGGUCAGCACAGGCCUGUACAAAGAGCUAGAACACAGUGUGUACGUGAACCCCCUGGUGUGCAUGUUCUUCAUGGCGCUGACGCCCCUCUGGGUCUUCAUCGCCUACCAAGUCCCAUCCACCAGGGAGGUCCUGUACUCCGGGUGGGAGCCUGUGAUUAUCGCCAUGGGGAUCAGCAGUAUCGGAGGGCUUAUUUUGGAUAAAACCGUGUCCAACCCCAACUUUGCCGGGAUGGCAGUCUUCACCCCUGUCAUUAAUGGUGAGGGGGGAAACCUGGUGGCGGUGCAGGCCAGCCGGAUCUCCACGUACCUGCACAUGAACAGAGGCCCCGCGAUGGGACCCAACGCCUCGGCGCACAGGUGUCCCAACCCCUGCCACACCUUCUUCGGGUCAGGUGUGAACUCUCGCUCGGCACGGGUUCUCUUCCUCCUGGUGGCCCCGGGGCACCUGGUCUUCCUCUACACCAUCAGCUCCAUGCAGGCGGGACACACCACCCUCACCUCCAUCUUUAUCGCCUUCUAUAUGACCGCUGCACUGCUACAGGUGUUGAUCCUCCUCUACUUCGCUGAUUGGAUGGUGCACUGGAUGUGGGGGCGUGGCAUGGACCCGGACAACUUCUCCAUCCCGUACCUGACGGCCCUGGGGGACCUGCUGGGGACUGGCUUCCUGGCGCUCUCCUUCCACAUCCUGUGGAUCAUCGGGGACCGGGACUCUGACGUGGGCGACUGAGGCACCCCCAAAACCCCGCUUCAAAAACCCCACCGACCCUCCAGACCUCCUCCCAAAGAAACGACUUUAUAUUUAUUAUCAUCAAACAGUAACUAUCAUGGUCCAAGCAACUUUCAGCACAAGAGAACAUAAGUGUAAUCAUUCAGGUUGAAUGAGCAACAGUGUCAGACCAGGCUAA